AUGCUAGCACGAUCCGCCGUGUCGACGCUACGCGCUUCGGUGCGUCCGACAGCGCCAGCUCGACUCAGCCUUGGCUCGUCGUUCUUGCCAGGCAAUAGUCGAGCAGGUGCCAGCCAGAUCUCGAGUCGCAAUGCUCUGACCUUCCGUAGCUACUCAUCUCAACGCGAAGAGCAGGCCAAGGACAAGCUCGCGGUGGGCCCGUUCAACCUCAAGGCGGGACUGCUCUUUCUGGUGACGGGAGCGGGGCUGCUCUACUACUUCCGCAGCGAGAAGCAAAAGGUGGAGCAGCGACGCAAGGCCGAAACGGCCGCUGCCAAAGUCGGCCGUCCACGUAUUGGCGGGCCCUUUUCGCUCGUCACAUCCACGUCGCAUCCAUUCACGCACGAAGACCUGCUCGGCAGCUUCUCGCUCGUCUACUUUGGCUUUACCAACUGUCCCGACAUCUGUCCCGAGGAACUCGACAAGAUGGGCGAGGUCGUCGACCGCAUCGAUGCCAAGUACGGCAAGCAGAUCAUCAACCCCGUCUUCAUCUCGUGCGAUCCGGCGCGCGAUACUGUCCCGCAACUCGCUCGGUACAUUGAUGACUUCCACCCGCGCAUGGUCGGUCUUACCGGCACGUUUGAGGCUGUCAAGCAGGCGUGCAAGGCCUACCGCGUCUACUUCUCCACCCCUCCCGGCGCAGAUCCCAUGGGUGACUAUCUUGUGGACCACAGCAUCUUCUUCUACCUCAUGGAUCCAGAGGGCAAGUUCGUCGAUGCCUUUGGUAGGAGUGUCGAUGCCAAAGAGACCGGCGACAAGGUGGAUGCCUACGUGAAACAGUGGAUCGACGCUGGUCUGCCCAUCUCACAAGCUGACGCAAGAAAGAAGGUUCAAGACCGUCCAAAGGUCCAACUCUAG